CCGCAUACCCCUUCGCUCUCAUACCCCCUCAAAAGCUGCACUCAGCACCCUAAUACUCUUCUGUAUCACCAUCUUCCCCUUCAAGAUCACUCAGACAUGGGCCGCCCUCUCUUCUCUGCUCCUCGUCAGCCCGUUGUGCGCGUCGAGCCCGAGCCCCAACACCCGGCGGUCGAAAAGUGGACGUACUGGAACGCGUUCGACCCUGAUUCAGACGAGUUCUUUGAGAACGACGAUGCCGUCUACGAGGCCUUCAUUGACCCCGCGGACCGCAUCCAGCUCCCAGCCGAUCGCACCGAACCACUUGCCGAGCCGAUCGACGUCAGCUCCUCCAGCGAGGCCUCGUCCAGCGGACGCGGCACCCCCACGGAGGCCGUCUCAGACAUUGACAGCGAUGACCUGCGGGCCACGAUGAGGGUUAACUUCCAGAAUCUGGAGGAAACAAGGGCGAGGAUCAUGCGCGCCCUCGACCUGCCUCUCGCGCGCAACUCGGCCCUCGACGCGGAGAUCGACGCGGGACGCGGUCUUCCUGCUGAGGAACGCGUCGCGUACCUCCUCUCGCUCCUGGAAAGGACGAACUCCGGCCGCGAACCCGGGCAGGAGCAGCGCGGGGCCCAGCUCGAGACGCGUCCUACGCGCGAACGCGUGCCGACGUACCUUGACUGGCCCCCUCAGGACGAGCCGCGUUCUCCCUCCCCCGAGCCUGCGACUAUCGUGCGUGUCUCAGUGGCGUCUCCACCCGCACGCCCAGCGACUCCCCCUGCGCAGAUCGUGCAGGCGACGCCCUCGUUCGCCUCCCCGUCCCCUCCGCCUUCCGUGACCCCGCGGCUUUAUUCGUGGUCCACCUUAUCUGCGCCAGGGCCUUCUGUCCCCGCCAGUCCACUCACGAACCGCGGCGCGCGGAUGUCUGUGGCACACAUCGUGACGCCUUCCCUCAUUCCCGUGCACCGUGCUGCGUAGGCGUCGACGUCGACGUCUGCCGUGGUUGCCGCUUAGAUGCCGUAGGGGCUGGCCACUGCGACACCUUCUCUAGCUUUACACACGAACAUCCAUGCCCCAUGUCUUGAUUGUGUCUCGUCAUUCUCGUUCCUCUUCUGGUCUUGGGUCACAUAGGUGCUGCUCACCUACUCGCACUCGUUAUCCCCCUAUGCUUCCACGCUUCGCUCAGCGUCACGAUCAUUGGAGUGUACUGUAUCGUUACCCAUUCCUCUGCCCUGCCAAUUUAACACUUGCUUGCUCAGGUCUCUCAUCGCUUUCCCAUCUCGCGCUACUACCACUCUCGUAGCACCUCUGCUGGUCCUCGGGUCUUGCCGCGCCGCAAAAGGGUGUAUACACAGUACUACCGUUCGAGUGCCCUGUUUUGCUGUCGUCGUUCGUUGCUCCCUCAAACCGCCACUCGUCUCUCGCUGAUCACCAACUACAAUUACGAGUACAUACAUACACACAUACGAUAGCCAGUCAUCCGAUGGUAUACUCGCGCCCAAUCCGCGCACGUCUCGCUUCUGCCUGUGUCACUCAGAUAGCCCCAGACGCAAUCGCACACGUUCGUUAUCCC